AUGUCUUUCUUUGCUGACAUUCCUAAGUAUGAGGAAGAUUGCGAGGGUGGUGAUGAUUGUUGCUCCACUGCCAACAAUAACCUCUCCGAUGAAGCCGAUGAAAAAGUAAGAGAAGAAUCAGACAAGGAUAAGAAACCAUUAUACAUUGCUAUUCUCUCUGUACUCAUUUCAAUUCCAGCUUUGGGCUUUGCACACGCCAUUACAUUUGCCAUUUCACUCACAAUUUUGAGUAAUCUCUCACAAUAUCACUAUCACAAGUGCUGCACACGUCGUAGUGAUAAAGGUCAUUGGUACAAGUUCGGACCAUUCUAUUUAACUGCAGUAGCUGUGCCGUUCGCUACUGUUGAUAUCCUGCGUCAUAUCCUAGUUGAUAAUGGUCUCUGGACAACUAAAUCUCGUUGGAGUCCAGCUGCUUAUCGUCCAGGUUGUAAUUCAGAAAGUAUGAAGUGUCUGUCUGCUACUGGUUGGUUCUUUGUUGUUUUCUGUACCUACUUUGGAUAUAUCCUAUUGAUGGUGGGUACCAUUUGGUGUGCUGAUCUACAUUUGAAGAUCAAGAAACUCUGGAAACAACUCCGUCCAUCUAAAUAA